AUGACUUCCGUUGCGGUUGUGAAUGCGAAUUGGCUUGAUGAUAUGCAUGCAAAUCACCGCUGGCCUGCUGCACAUGGAGUCGAUGGACGUGAACAAUUCCCACCGUACAGAGAUAGAGGGAAUCGGGAUGCUGAUGCCCCUUUUGCGAAGAGAGCAUGGAUGCCAUCACUGCGGUUACACCCAAUCAAUCGCACGAAGUAA